UGCCAAAACAUCCCUGACUUCACCCCCAUGGCCUGAAGUGAAACUUCCAGAUCCGGAGGAAGAAGCCAAGUAUCAUGCAGAGGUGGUACAGAAGGUGAACAAGAUGAUCGCCACGGGGCAGUACGGAAGGCUCUUUGCUGUGGUCCACUUUGCCAGCAAGCAGUGGAAGAUAACCAGUGAGGACUUGAUUAUGAUGGACAAUGUAAUGGAGGCCGAAUGUGGAGACCGAAUCCGGAUGGAAAAGGUUUUGCUGGUUGGUGCUGAUGACUUCACACUUAUCGGAAGGCCGCUCCUUGGUCUUUCAGCCAGCAGGUCCUGGUGCUUUGUCCAACAGAGAAAGACUCACCGGGGCCUGUUGGCCUUGAACUUUGAUGUGCAGAGGGAAGCCACGCUUGGAUGCUCAACUAUGUCUGGGCAAUAUCCUUAAAGGUUUGCUUGAAAGCACAUCAACAUCUGUGGGGGGGAUGCUUACCUACAGGUCGGUGUCAGUGUUUCUCCUUUUGGCUGGGUGCCACUCAGGCCUAGGGCAGCUCGUGUGGUCCAGCGGCGAGAGCUGUAUUGGGUAUAGCUUGGCUGUCUACUGCCAGCCCUGGCUCUCCUGAGAGCAGCACAGAGAUUUCGGUGACCGGGUCGCUUUAUCUGGCCUGGCCGCUUUCCAGCUUCCCCAUGUGAUCAUCAUUAGCGAGUUUUUUAGAUGCUUUUACAGUCCAAGCCUGUGAGAAGUCAGUGGGAGUUUAGCUUUCCCUUUGCCUUCGGUGGGCAGGAAUUAGACCCAGAAAGUGCACCUCCCUAAUUAGAACAUGGCCAGCCCCUGGAGCACAGUUCAUUUUUUGGUUUCCUUCCGAGCGUUGGCAAGCUCGCUGUGUAUUUCAGUAGUGCUGUUGGGUCCUGCCACUGGGCUGAAUCUGGAGAACGUCGUUUAGGGUGUCAGGGUGACCCAGUGAUCUCUUAAAAUCUGGAUUAUCUUGCGUCUGCUUUCUUCUGGGCUAGUCACUAAAUGCAGAUACGUCAGUUUUCUCCUCUGGCUGUCCUUCCCUCCUCCCUCAUGGAUUCAAUCUCUGAUACACAUUACACCCCAGAGAGUAAAUGUUAAGGGAGAUGGUAAAUGUCUCGGAGCCUUUGGCCUCCUAGUGACCUUGCUGGAACAGUUGGGCUAGAUGGGCUUCCCCCCUUAAGUGCAGACAGAGUCGUUUGUCAGGAAAAUGUUCUUUAAAUGUCUUCCGGCAGCAAAGUGAGCAUGCUAAUGAGAUUUUAAUGGCGUUCUGCAGCGAUGCUGCAGGAGAGAGCAGCUCUUCCUCCUCCAUCGUGGCUGUUGAUUAAAACCACGCUUUCCAAAGCCCUGGUCUGGCUCUUGUCUGGAGGCACUUCUCUUCCCAGGGAGGAGCUCUUGUGCAGACAGGUAGCUGGUGCUCCAGCGCGUGCUUCAGACCACCUUGUUUUCCAGCUCUGGUGUUUUUCAGAUAGCACCUAGAAAUGCCAGCGCUCCUUUUCUAACUUCAGCGGGACUUCUUCUCUCAGAGCGCGGCAGAAGCCCUGGGUGGGCAGGGGGUGUAUUUGCCUGCGUUGGCAAGGUAAUGCGGAGGGACGAAUCGCUCUGUGACCAUAUUCUUCUCUUUACCUCCAUCCUCGGGGAGGGAGGGAUGCUUACUGGCUGAGAAUUGCCAGGUGUAGAAAUGAGAUCUAGAAAUCAUUUGAGUCUUUGAGUGGUCUCACUGCUCAACCUGAACUCCCCCAGCUGCGGGGCGGGGAACAGUACGUGAAAUCCUCAGUGAGUCCCUGUCUUCUCUUCCAAUUUGGGGUAAACAAGCAGGACAGACCAAGAGUGGGAGGCAAAAGAGAGGCACGGGGGAGGAGAAGUGACUUGCUCCAGCAGCCAAUUAGCUGUGCUUCCUGCUAGAAACAGUGGGCCAAAUCUCUUUUCACCGAGCCUUUGCCAGGACUUUUUCAGGUGAGGAAGGGGAGAAGGCUUUCUUCCAUCUGUCUGUGAUGCUUUAUAGAAGGAGGAAGGGCUUCUGUGUUGACCAGCGUAGCGCGGGAGAAGGGGCCACGGGUGGGUUUAACCUGUGCCAUAAGCAAAGUAGGACACAUAAGAUCAUGUGAACGUGCCAGGGGAAUUUAUCUUGCUGUAAUCCUGCAAGUUCCUGCAGGUUUGUCCUGCUACUGCCUCCGUAGGUGUUUCUGAUCUUAUCCCUUGCAUGACAGAGGGGUGCUGCCCUGCAAACUCUCACAUUGCUUGGCUGAUCCACGCACAGCACCUCUGAGGGUUUUGGUUUUGUACCGUGAAGCCAAUAACCCGACAGGUUUCCCUCCUUCCAUGCUGACUUUGUAGUUCCCAUGGAUCUGGGCUCUGUAAGGCAGGAUAUAUUAUCAGUGUGUCACUUUUCCCCAGAAACCUGUUCAUCCAUAGGAGGAGCAUGUAAAUAAUUAAAAAGUGCUAUUUUUAAAAUUU